AUGGAAUCUCCGGUGGCUUUGAAGGUGAAGACGAUCAGGACCAAGAAACCCAAUGAGGUGAUGCUUGGUAUCUGCGGCGGAGUGGGUCCGGCUGCGGGAUUGUUGCUGCACCAGCUCAUACUGCAGAACACCGACAGUGCUGGAGAGGACCAAGGUCAUCUGAAUGUUUGCCACUUCUCGCGUGUCGAAGAUAUGACGGACCGUACCGAGUACCUCGUUUACGCCGCGAGCGUCGGCGCUGAUGCAACUGAUUCCGACUCGGAUAGCGGGUCUACAGACGAAGAUAUAUCUUACGACUCAGCGAAGGAGGUGGAGAACCCAGCAUGUGGCAUGGCCCGUACGUUCUCCAUGAUGCAUGCUGCAGCCACUGCGGGACGUGCUCGACUUGUGGUAGGUGUGCCGUGCAAUACGUUUCAUGCUCAACCAAUCUGGAACGAGUUCAUACGGCGAACAGGUCAUGCGAGCUACGUACAUCACGUGCACAUGUUGGAAGAGACGGUGGCGUUCAUCGCAAACAAGCUGCCAUCAUGUAAACGCGUAGGACUGAUGUCUACUACAGGAACACGAAACUCACGCGUGUACCAUGAUUUAAUGGAGCCGCGUGGGUACACUGUGGUGGAAGUGUAUGCCGGAGUGAUGCAGCAGGAGCUUCACGAAUCGAUUUAUAACCGCGAGUGGGGAGUGAAGAGUACGGCACCUUCAGUGUCAUCGCGUUCGGAGGCAAAUUUCCAUCGCUAUGCGCUGCAUCUACGCGAGCAGGGAGCUGAAGUUAUAAUCUUAGGCUGUACCGAGAUCCCAUUUCGAGGUUGA